AUGUCUUCCUCGGGAAAGAAGAGGAAGACAACGACUAAGGAGAAGAAGCUGUGGCAAUCUAACCCAAAUCUGUCACUUCCCGAUGAUUUGCUAGUGAGCAUAUUCGCACGAAUCUCAAGAUUGUACUAUCCUACUCUCUCCCUCGUCUCCAAGAGCUUUCGAUCUCUCCUAGCUUCACCGGAUCUUUACAAGGCUCGAUCACUCUUAGGCCGCAGCAACGAGACUUGUCUCUACGUGUGCUUUCGUUUCUUUCCUGGUCCUAAACCACAUUGGUUCACCCUAUGCCUGAAACCUGAUCGAACCCUAACCAGUAGAAAAAAUAAGUCAAGUGGGUAUGUUCUUGCUACUGUCCCAACUCCCCACUCUCCUCCUCAUGCAAAAUCUUCUAGUCUCGUGGCUGUUGGUUCUGAUAUCUACAACAUUGGCGGAUCCGAUGGAACCUUAACUGUCUCGAUUCUUGAUUGCUUGUCUCACACGUGGCGUGAGGCUCCAAGCUUGCGGGUGAAGUUAGUGUCACUUUCUGCUAGCGUCCUUGACAGAAAGAUAUAUGUAGCAGGGAGAUGCAAAGAUGGCUAUUCCAACUCUUUCAAGAACUCGUGCCAAGUGUUCGACACAAAAACACAAGUUUGGGAUGCUGAGCCCAUUCCUUGCAGCGAGACCAAAUGUAACUUUUAUAAAUGUGAGAGCGCAUGUGUUGAUGGAAAGUUCCACUUGGUGACGACUCAGGGAGAGGUAGUUGCUUACGAUUCCCAGCAAGGUAGAUGGGACCAUGUUGGAAAAGAGGUGAGUAAAUUUAUUGUUACAGAUUCUUAUUGCGAGAUAGAUAAUGUUUUGUACCGUGCUGGUCCGAGAGAGUUCAAAUGGUAUGAUACUGAGGUGAGAGGGUGGAAAACAUUGAUGGGUUUGGUAGGACUACCUAGAAUCCCUCUGCUUUCUUCUGUUAUAUUGGCUGAUUAUGGUGGAAAGAUUGCGUUUUUGUGGGACGAUGAUUCCUCUUCUUAUAGGCCUGGUGGCAAAUAUGAGAAGAAAAUUUGGUGUGCGGUGAUUGCGCUGGAAAGGCAUGGUAAUAUAUGGGGGAAUGUUGAAUGGUUUGAUCAUGUUCUUACAGUCCCUUUAACAUAUAAUUUUGUGAAAGGUCUUGCUGUUACUCUCUGA